CCAUAAUGGCGUCGCAAAAGCGCCAAUUUUGUUGUCAACAACGACAACAAAUUUGUUUAAUGACGGGAAGAAGGUAGUGGUCAAUUUGAUUAGCUCAUUUUGGAAACAAAGUGGCGAUGCUGGUGGACGAUGAAGAGCCUUUUUUAAGCUUUUGGUAGACAGGAAUAUUUACAGUAAUUUAUUGAGUUAACUCUGGAGAAGAUAUGUCUUUAAAAAGUAAGAAAUUUGAAAGAGGAGGGAUAGCUUCUGGAUCUGCUGAAAACUUGUCAGCGAAAAGACCUUGCUCAGCAAAGAGUAACAGGCCGAGUUCCGCAGAUCCAAGUAAAUAUUCAGCAAGAUCAAAUGCAAGUAUGGAUUCUGAUCUGAGUGACUUUCUAUCGGUAACUGGAACAAGCAACGUUCUCAAGAAAUCUGGUCAUCAUAAAAGAAGUGGCAGUGCAGGCAUUGUGAGGUCACAACACAAUGAGGUUCAUGUGUCUGGUAGCGAUAGUGACAGUGCAAGAACUAGCAGUAGCUCUGGAGCAAGAAGGAAGAAUGUGAAUAAAAAACCCAUUCCGCCAGCGAGGUUUUCUGAGGACCAUAUCCCACACAUCAUGUCUCAAGCUAAAGCCCGCACUAAACCUAAACUGGCCACAACAUUCCAGCGCCACAGCAAUGCUGCUACAGCCAGCCCCAAUGCUCUACCAGACAGACCUUUAGCAACAACACACCAAAGAGUUCAGCCUGAUGAGGUUGAUGAAUGGUGGCUGUCAGCUUCUGAUCCUGCACCAGUUCCCCCACUGUUCCUGCAAUCUCCUACAGAAUUGGACAAGAAGCAUAACUGGUGGCCUGGUGCUAGCAAGACCAGCAAUCAUGUUGAUGAAGAUUUUUUUCAAAUUGAUAUCAACAAUUUACGACCUGGUAAUAGCGGUCUCGAUCAGAAUAACCUUGAGUUAAAUAUUUUUGAAGGUGAAGCAAGAAUCAAACUUGACAAGUCAACCGCAAGAAGAGAAGAUGUACCAAAAUUGUUUCUUGAUGAUCUUGUGGAGGAUGAUGGUGACAGAAAACGGCAGAAAGCUGCUGUAAACAUUCAACGUUGGUUCCGUGGAUGGAAAUCUCGGAAGCAACUUGGUGGACAGAAUGCUGUAAAGCAGCUCUUAAGCCAGAAGAAAAUGGAGAAGGAGAAGCAGAUGGUCAGUGACUAUGCACUUGUACAGACAGAGGAUCAGAGGGAAGAGGAAAAGAGGAAACGACGAGAAGAGAAAGCUAGAUUGGCAAGACAGGCUGCCAUAGAAGAACUACAAAAGAAGAGAGAGGAGAAACGACACGAGAAUCAAAGGAAGGCAGAGGAAGAACUGGUUUUUCUCCAAGCUAGUGGAAAAGUUGUCAAAAAGAAGUUAGCAAUUCCUGGCUCAGCAAUGAAAUCAAAACCAAAAGGGAAGAAGAGCACAGGAGUAGGUGCAUCCAACAACGCUGUAAAAAAUAACGAGCAAGUUAAUCCCAGUGAAAUAACAUCCAGACCUGGGACAGCCAGCAGUGUUGGAAGGAAAGUUGAUGAGUUAUUCCAGGAAUCUCGAGAAUCUCAAGUUAGUGCAGCCGCUGCCACUUCAGAUGAGCAAGCAACGGGAGCGCUAUUCUCUGAUCGCACAGAUGACACAGAUAAGACAUUAAAAAGCUCUCAGGUUGGUGGUGAAAGCAAAACCACCUUUGAUGACCUCUUGGAGUCCCUCAAGCAGUUGGAGGAGGAACCAGCUGAUCUGCUCCAAGUGGGGCACAGCAGUGGACCUAAGUUUGGUGGCUGGGGGCAAAACUUAGAGGGUGAUGAAGACAAGGCUUACCUUUCUCAUGCUUCACUGGGUCAGUUAAACAAAGAUAAGCUGGAAAGUCAAGGACAGGCAGGAAGUGCAUUAUCUGCUGAAAAACUACGGAGUAUCUUGACGUUUUUGGAUGAGGUAGAAAAAGCAGAAGAUGAUGCUAUCAGUGAAAUAAGUCAGGCACGAGACGGAGCCAUUUCUCGUGGACUACCAUCAUCAAGUACUUCAGCCUCUGUGGCAGCUGACAGGGAGAAGGAAGAGGCCGCGUUAGAGUCAGCCGCAGCAGCUGCCUCGGAUGUUACAACAGCCAUGAUGGCUGUGAAAAUAGAACUGGAGGAGAAGAAGAGGACCAAUGAUCUGCUUCAAAGAGCUUUGAACCAACAGCGUGAAUUCACUCUGAGGCAAGCGAAGGAGAUGGAAAAAGACGCAAAACAACGGCUGGCCAUCCAGCGACAGGAGUAUGAAGCAGCCAUUCAGAGACAUUUGUCCUUCAUCGACCAGCUGAUUGACGACAAAAAGGUGUUAGGGGAGAGGUGUGAGGAAGUAGUGAACAAGCUGAAAAGUACGGACAAGAAGUACGGAGAUAAAGUCAAACAGAUGGAGGAGAAUCAUCAAAUUGAACUAAAGAAACAAAAGGAAGUGAUACUGGCAGCGGAAAAAUUACGACGAGAAAAAUGGAUAAAUGAGAAAACUCAACAAAUCAAGGAAGUCACGGUCAAAGGACUGGAACCCGACAUACAGAAACUGAUUGCUAAGCAUAAAGCGGAAGUGAAAAAGAUCAAGUCUACUCAUCAGGCGGAGUUGCUGGAGGCCGAUGAACGUGCAGGUAGAAGAUACAUACAGCAAAUAGAAGAACUGAGAGAUCAGUUGGAGAGAGAGAAGGAAAACGCCUGUGCACGAGAGAGAGAACUUUCUCAACAAAGGUAUGAAAAGCAGCUGGAGCAAGAGGAACAAGCUUAUCAACAACAAAGGCGGCGAUUAUACGCUGAAGUACAGGAGGAAAAGGAAAGAGUUGCGCUACAGGGUCAGAAACAACGACAGGAACUGGACGAGGCACGUUCUGCCUUAGAGGAGUCUCACAAAAAGUCAAUUCUCGAGAUGCAAACUUCGCAUCAAAGAGCUAUGGAUGAUCAGGAAAGGAAACAUCAGUUAGAAAUGAAUGAGUUAAAAGAAAGGCUGGAGAUUGAAAAGCAAGGCUGGAUUGAAAAUUACAUGAAGAAGCAGGAUGCCGUGUUAAUGACGAAAGAGCGGGAACUAAAAGAAGCUGUUCGGGAAGGACGCGAUAGAGAAAUUGAGAUGGUGAUUUCCAGACUGGAAGAAGAGACAUCGUUGGCGAGAGAAGAAUGUGAGCGAGCCGCUGAGAACAGAAUCAAGCGGGUAAGAGAUAAGUACGAAUCUGAAUUGAAAGAACUAGAGGAAUCCGAACGGAAUAUGCAGGAAAAAUACAACAACAUGAAGGGUCGUUUAUCCGAAGUCGAAGGAGAAAACGCACGGUUGAAGAGCAUUUUGAAGCAAAAGGAUGAAGAGGUAGAGGGGAUAGAUAAAGUAGCUAAACGGCUGCAGGAGGAGAGAGGAAAGGUGGCGGACAUCAUUCGGCAGGAGUUCGCUGACAGGCUUGUGACAACUGACGAAGACAACAAGCGUUUGAAAACAGAAGUGAGCGAAAUGAAGGCCCGUCACAGAUUAGAAAUAGAUCGAGUUACGCGGGAGAAAGAGCAAGAAAUGGAAGAAGUGCAUAAAAGAGUAAGACAGGCCAUAGCUAAAAAAGAAGAAACAAUGAAAACACUACGAGAGCAACAUCAGGCCGCCAUGAAACGAGCAGAACAUUUGGAAUUUUUACUCCAAGAACAAAGAAAGAAGUUGCUGUCGUGAAGCGGACUCAUGAAUCCGAACAGUGUCCACGUUUUGCAUCAUCCCCCGAACUAGUGCCGAGUCCUGCCGAAGACAGCGCGAUUUAAUUUGGUAUGCGUAAACUCUACCGAAUGUCAAACGAAGUCAGAUAGUUUUCGUGCAUUGUUAAGUGUUCAAAUGGACAUUCAAAUCCCACAAUAUUGGGAGAAUUCGAAUGGACUAGUCUCAUUGAUGGAGUAACCUUUGCCCAAGAAUCUGUUUCUACUGCUCAGACCCAAAUGAAGAUUUUCGAUCUCUCUGUCAACAGAGCAACCACCAUGUAUAUGACUAUUUAUGAUGUUACGUACAUUGUGAACGACAGAAAUAAAUUUUUUACACCGGUG